CCGGUCCGCGUGCGUGCGCGUGCGUAGGUGUUCCUAGCUCACGGUUUCUGCACGAGGCUGAGAGAGUCAUGGAGGGCUCUGCGUCUGCCUCUACCCCGGCCUCAGCCGACACGCCGACCGUUCUAGAACAUCUGGACAGAGAGCAGAUUGGAAAGGCAGUGGAAGUUCUGAUUGCACACUCCAAGUCAAGAAAAAACAAUGAGUUACUUUCGAAUGGGAGUGAGAAUUUAUUUUUAAUGGUGAUAUUAUGGAAAAUUCCAAAUAAAGAACUACGGGUCCGAAUGUCUUUGCCUCAUAGUAUUCUAUCAGAUUCAUCAGAAGUCUGUUUGUUUACCAAAGAUCACUGUGAGUCACCUGAACAGACUGAAUGUUUUUAUAGAACACUUUUGAAAAAACAUGGCGUGAACAGCAUCUCUCGGAUUAUCCCUUUUAGAACUUUAAAAACAGAAUAUAAAGCCUAUGAAGCCAAACUCCGCCUCCUGGGUAGCUUUGACAUCUUCAUUACUGAUGAAAGAAUUAGACGGCAUUUGCCUACACACAUAGGAAGACACUUCUAUCAAAGGAAGAAAGUUCCAGUAUCUGUAAACCUUCUGGCCAAGAAUCUGUCCAAAGAGAUUAAGAGCUGUAUCACAGGGACCGUCUUAAACAUCUCCAAACAUGGUUCUUGCAGUUCUGUGCGUGUUGGUCACACUGGAAUGAAGCCUCAGCACAUCAUUGAAAACAUCCUGGCUGUCUCAGAAAUGCUUUCAGCAAAACUGCCAGAGAAAUGGCAGAGUGUGAAACUCUUGUUCCUAAAAACUGAGAAGUCGGCUUCCCUUCCCAUCUUUUCCUCAUUUGUCACAUGCCAGGAUGAAAACAACAUCAUGUCCUUCAGUAGCCUGAGGAAAAAGGUACUAAAAAAAAGAAUGAAUUAUGAAAAAGAAAAGUCAAAGAAGAAAAACAAAACGUUAAGGAAAAGCUCCAAAAAGGCUGGAUCUCAAGGUAAAACUAGAAGUGCCCCAAGAUCCCAGAAGAAAAAGACCAGCAAAGUAAAAACACAACCUGAAGGGACAGACGAGUGUGAAGAAGCAAUCCCACAGCUGGUCCCAAUAGGAGAAACACCGAAUAAAGAAAACCUGAAGAUGCAAGAAAAUAUCACAGGGGAAAAGUCUCCAAAAAAGAAACCUGAUACAAACACACAUCAGGGAAAGAAAAGGAAGGCCCUACCAGCUACAGAGACCCCAGAAGCUUCAGGGCCUGAGACCACAGGAAAGAAGCCAAGAAGUAUGCCAGAAACCAGAAAGUCAAAGGCCAAGUUCUUUAAAUCCAGGAAAUCUUCCAACGCGCCCAAAGACAAAAAAACCCAAGUAGCUCACUCAAACUAAAAUCAGGUUUCUCAGUCUGAAGGAACUAUCAGAGUUAACUGAACUCAAGAAUACGUAGGCAGGGAGGGUGUGGGACACAGAGGUAGGCAGAUCUGUGUGGGUUGAAGGCUGACUUAGUUGUCUACCUAGGGAGUUUAGGCUCUCAGAGCUACAUAGUGAGACGGGUGUGCACUGCUGCAUUAACAUUCAAGAAGCCGAGGCCAGUGGCAUGAGCUUGAGGGAAGCAUCGAGUUUGGCAAAAAUCUGUCUUUAAAGACCAAACUUCAGUCCUAGACUUGGUGGUUAUAACACUUUGCUAGCAUAUGCAAGGUCCUUGCUUCAGUACCCAGAACUGUUAAAAAAAAAAUCACACACCUGCACAUAACAAAAUGUACUCUUUGUCCUGACCCCAUGCAGUCUUUUUCUACAAUGCAAGAGUCCUAGAUUUAAUGUUUUUGUAAAAUUUCCAGGGGUGAUUCUGAAUUAAUGUUUCUAUUUGUAAAAGACUAGGGAUUUGAGGCAAAAGCAUCUAUUUUUGUUGUUCAGUAUAUUUGUUGAUAAGAGUUCUUCGGGGUGUUGUGUUUGAAUAAAGGUAUGGCAUCUGCUUCUGGGAAA